AUAAUACUCUAUAUAAAUAGGUGUAUGUAUGUACAAAGAAUACUCAAGGUCCGUUAAUGGUGGAAUUGAGCUGUUUUCGUGAAGAAAUUUUCUCAAUUACUGAAAAGGGGUUCUAAAAUUGUUUGUUUUGAAGCCAAAUUCUUCUUCAAUUUCUUCAUUUUUAUCAUUUUUUUUGGGUCUUCGGUGCUGAAGGAAAUUCUAACUGUUAAUGGUGGAAUUGAGCUGUUUCAGUGAAGAAAUUUCUCAUUUAUGAAAAAGGGGUUUUGAAAUUGUUUGCUUGAAACCGAACCCACCUCCAUUUUCUUCUUUUUGAUCUUGUUUUUGUCUCUGUUAUUGAAGAAAAUCCAAUUUCAGUGAAGAAAUUUCUCAUUUCUGAAAAGGGGUUUUUGUAGAUUUUGUGAAAUUUAUCUUUUUUUUUUGGUCUUUGGUGCGCUGAAGAAAGUUGGGAAAAAAAAAUGAAAUUCAACACAGAUGAUAUGGAGUGGCCUACUUUUUUGGAUGAAUAUGAAAAACUUGUUUUUCGAAUGACUAUUCCCAGGGUAAUGAUCGAUAACGCUACUUCUUCAAAUGCCACCCUUGUUAAGAUAGAUAGCGCGAGGAAACAUGGGAUUCUUCUUGAAGCCGUUCAAGUUCUAACAGAUUUGAACCUUUCAAUAAAGAAAGCUUACGUCUCUUGUGAUGGGCGGUGGUUUAUGGAUGUUUUUCAUGUUACUGACUUGGAAGGAAACAAGUUGACGGACAAAGGAUUCAUCAGUUACAUCGAACAGUCACUUGGGACGAUUCAUUAUGCAAGUUCAAAGAGCUAUAAUGGCUUGACAGCUCUGGAACUAACUGGAACGGAUCGAAUUGGCCUUUUAUCGGAAGUCUUUGCUGUACUGUCAGAUUUACAGUGCAAUGUAGUUGAAGCUAAAAUGUGGACUCACAAUGGUCGUAUUGCCUCCCUGAUACAUAUUAAGGAAAGCCAGUCGGGGUACCCAAUUGAGGACUCGCAGAAGAUUGACAGAAUUGAAGCCCGUUUAAGGAGCGUGCUUAAGGGGGAUAAUGAUGUUCGAAGUGCUAAAACAUCAGUGUCUAUGGCUGUCACGCAUACAGAAAGAAGACUUCACCAAAUGAUGUUUGCAGACCGUGAUUAUGAAAGAAAGCCAGUGAUUAGGACUAGCAACGAUACCCCGAGGGUAUCGGUGUUGAACUGCUUGGAAAAGGGUUACUCCGUGGUAAAUAUUCAGUGCAAAGACCGAACUAAGCUGCUAUUUGAUGUCGUUUGCACGUUAACAGACAUGCAGUAUGUUGUGUUCCAUGCCACAAUUGAUUCAGCUGGGGACAGGGCGUACUUGGAAUUCUUCAUUAGGCAUACAGAUGGAAUCCCUAUUAGUUCAGAUGCUGAAAAGCAACGCGUGAUUCUAUGUCUACAAGCUGCUAUUGAAAGAAGAGCAUCCGAGGGAGUGAGACUAGAGCUAUCCACGGAAGACAAACAAGGCUUAUUGGCCGAUGUAACUAGAACAUUCCGAGAAAAUGGUCUAAACGUGACGAGGGCUGAGAUAUCAACCACAGGGGAAUCAGCUCUAAAUAUAUUCUACAUAACAGAUGCGAGGGGGAAUCCAGUCGAUUCAAAUAUCAUUGAGUCUGUUAGGGAGGAAAUCGGAUGGAGUAACUUGAAAGUGAAGGAAUUGCCAUUGAUCAAUCAUCAAACGGCUGAUAGAGACGAGCCUGCAGUGGGUGUAGGUGGGGCUAUGUUGUUGUCACUUGGUAGCAUAUUUAGAAGGAAUCUUUACAGCUUGGGGUUGAUCAAGUCGUUUUCUUGAUGCCACAAAAAUGAAUCUUCUCAUACCAACUUACCAAAAAGAAGAAUACGAGAAGUUCAUAUUCCUCCGAAUUCACACUCUGGAAGCCUCAACGGACACCUAAGUUCGAGUGGCAUGUACAUAUAGCUUAAGGAUUACUGAUAAAGUGAGUGAUUCGUUGUUCAAGAAAAAUGCAUAGCUGUUGGAGAAUCUGAUACACACCCUGGUGGUAUGUCUAAAGAGUCCGAGCAACAUAGAGUGGAUGGUAUUGGGGGCCAUUUAGCAUUUGAAAGAUGUGAUAGGAGACAAUGCCUCAAUUUCAAGCAAGUUAAGGUCGUUUAUAUGAAUUUCCAUUGUCCAUGACACUCAAUUUAAGCAUGCAAGGGAUGGGUAUGCAACGAGGACGCAUCAAUCUUGAAGCAACUCGAGAUCAACUACAUGAAUCUUCACUGUCUAUGUCGCUCCCCUUAAGUACAUGGUGAAGGGCUAUACUCGAGCAAUUUGGGUUCGGCUUAUAUGAAUCUUCACUGUCUAUGUCGUUCCAUUUAUAUGCCGGCAUGGAAGCAGGUAAAAGGGCCCACAAACAGUGAUAUUUGUAAAUAUCCACAUUUUUAUAUGCAAAAUCUAAUGUUUGACUUCAUUUUCUUAUGCUUAUCAAUGCCUGUCUGGAUGUUAUCCAUAUGGUUCUUAAAGGAAGAAUAUAGGAGUAUAUUUUAUUUGGUGAAAUUCAAUGUAUUCCAUUUACUUGUGUCAAUAGAAUUGACAUACUUUUUAAA